AUGCAAAUUGCAGUAACACACCAGGUUCAUAUAACUGCCAGUGUCAAAUUGGUUACGAAGGAAAUGGAAAGAAAUGCAAUGAUAUCAAUGAAUGUGCAGAUAGUCCAUGUGGUUACAAUGCAAACUGCACAAACACGAAUGGUUCAUACAUUUGUGAAUGUCGAACUGGAUAUGAAGGAAAUGGAAUUAAUUGCACAGAUGUCGACGAAUGUGAAAAAAAAACACACAAAUGUGACAACAAUGCAAACUGCACCAACACUCCAGGUUCAUUCAACUGCCAGUGUCAACAUGGUUACACAGGAGAAGGACGGAAAUGCGAAGAUGUCGACGAAUGUGAAAAAGGAACGCACAAAUGUGACAACAAUGCAAAUUGCACCAACACUCCAGGUUCAUUCAGCUGCCAGUGUCAACAUGGUUACACAGGAGAAGGACGGAAAUGCGAAGAUGUCGACGAAUGUGAAAAAGGAACGCACAAAUGUGACAAAAAUGCAAAAUGCACCAACACUCCAGGUUCAUUCAACUGCCAGUGUCAACGUGGUUACACAGGAGAAGGACGGAAAUGCGAAGCUGAAUGCCCUCUUGGGUGGGAGAAAUUCAAUGGACUCUGCUUUUAUAUCAGCAAUGGCGUUGCGACAUCAUGGAAUAAUGCGAAAGACGACUGUCUUCAGCGUGGCGGCUAUGAAACAACAUAACGUCAACGCAGCGUGGAUUGGUAUGUACCGAAAAUCUGGAAGUAUCUUUUACACAGUGAGAGAUGAGGAGAUCUCCUAUGGAAACUGGAACCCAGGGGAGCCUAACAACGCUGGCGGGAAUGAAAACUGCGUGGAAAUGUUCAACGGAGCAACAGGGAAAUGGAAUGAUUUGCCAUGUUCGAUCAGUCGUCAUUACUUCUGUCAGCGGCAACUGUGA